GCACUGAGUUAUUAUAAAUACAUGGCAGAAAAAUUCGUUCAUUGCUUCCUUCUUCUUUUUCUUUUUCUUUUUGUUCUUUUAUAUAUCACAACAUAGUAUAUGAUUCCUUCAAUUAUUUGUCCUGCAACUUGUGAAUUAUGUGGCAACUGGCUUCCUAAACAUAAUUCUUCUUGUCCAAGGAAUGGUGUUCACCCUUCGCAGUGGAGCCUCUUAUCAGAGAAUAUUAUCCAGAAGAAGCAUGAAGAACUGCUAUAUUCGAAUGAAAAUAAAAUACCUUUUACUGUUACCUAUUCCAAGUACAAUCAUCAUCAAGAACAAUACAGUGACUUUUAUGAAGAAUAACUGACAUAAUUAUUAACCUAUCAUUUAUAUACUCCAUUUAUUAUAUAUAUAAUAGUAAUUAGUUGAUCUCUACUAUUAUUAUACAUACAUACAUAGAUAUAAUAUAUUUAUAUAUGCACAUAUAAAUAUAUACAUGUAUAUCUUUUUUUUUCUUUUUUUUUCUUUUCCAUUACUUUAUAUGCACUUAUACAAAUAUGCAUUAUAUACAUAAAAUCUCAUAUACA